UGGAUUCAUAAUCUGUGUGUCUAAUAAGUAUCUUUCUGAAGUUUAUUACUGUCUAAAUCUUUUUAGUUACAACAGGUACAAAGAAAUCAGAAUCCACCUCAUCUUCGCUUUUUAAGAAACUAGACAUCUCCUGGCAAAGUGGAAGGAAUCAAGUCUAUCAGGAUGUCACUCAGAAUGGAGCAGACCAAUGCAACCUUCUGGAGGGGCUUUGUCUUCCUAGGCUUCUCCAGCUUUGGGAAACUGCAACUCUUGCUCUUUGCAUUGUUCCUCUCCCUAUAUCUUGUCACCCUGACCAGCAAUGUCUUCAUUAUUGUAGUCAUCAGGCUGGAAAGUCAUCUGCACACCCCCAUGUACCUCUUCCUUUCCUUCUUAGCUUUCUCUGAGACCUGCUAUACCUUGGGCAUCAUCCCUCGAAUGCUUUCUGGCCUUGUCAGGGGUGAGCAGGGCAUCUCCUUUGUGGGCUGUGCUGUCCAAAUGUUCUUCUCCGCUUCAUGGGCCUGCACCAACUGCUUUCUUCUGGCGGUCAUGGGCUUUGACAGAUAUGUGGCCAUCUGCGCCCCACUACACUAUGCCAGCCGCAUGAAUCUUACUCUCUGUGCCCAACUUGUUGGCACCUCAUUUCUGAGUGGGUCCCUCUUUGGUCUGGGAAUGACACUGGUCAUUUUCCACCUCCCAUUCUGCAGCUCCCAUGAGAUCCAGCACUUUUUUUGUGACACGCCGCCAGUGCUGAGCCUGGCCUGUGGAGAUACAGGCCUGAGUGAGCUGGGAAUUCUGAUCCUCAGCCUGCUGGUUCUGAUGGUCUCCUUCUCCCUCAUCGCUGUCUCCUACGCCUGCAUCCUGGCAGCAAUCCUGAGGCUCUCCUCCACCGAGGGGCGGAAGAAGGCCUUCUCCACCUGUGCCUCACACCUCACAGUGGUCGUUGUUCACUACAGUUGUGCCUCCUUCGUGUACUUGAGACCCAAAGCCAGUUACUCUCUUCAGCGGGAUCAGCUGAUUGCUGUCACCUAUACUGUCGUGACUCCUCUCCUCAAUCCCAUCAUUUAUAGCCUGAGAAAUAGGGCUGUGCAGACUGCCCUGAGAAAUGCUUUCCAAGGGGGAUUACUGGGUAAAGGAUGAAGGCUACCAGAUGGGACAGUCUCCUUUGUAUGGGCUGGACAUACACCAGAAACCGAGGCCAGUGGGCCAGAUGGUCAGAGUCUUAGGCCAAACCUACCUAUCCCAAUUCCCUGAGAGAGCCCCAUCCUGUCUCUUACAGGUUCCCCAGGGGAACCUGCUGGGGGAAUGCCGAGGCAGGACUUCCUGCUCUGGUUACUGUGCUUAAUUCACACUGAGCUAAGAGCCUGAAUUUUCAUUUCCAGCCUCCCAUAUGUCAGCAGUAGUUCCUGAAACUCAGCUCAUUAAGAAUUUUCUAACUGAGCUGAAAAAGAUGAAGGGAGUUUCAAGCACCCAAGUUCAAAGCAGCUGGGCUCCUUCCAGGGAUACUAUAGAGAUUUCUAAAAUCAUUUUA